AUGGCUUUUGAAUUAAAAGAAAAAGGUAAUCAACUCUUCAAAGAGGGCGAUUACAAUGGCGCCGAAGAUUACUUCUCCCAAGCGAUCCAAAAGAACUCCCGCGAACCAACCUUCUUCACCAACCGCGCCCUAACCCGCCUGCGCCUGGAGAAAUGGCCCGGUGUGGAACAAGACGCCCGCGCCGCCAUCGCGCUCUACGGACAGGAGAGCCCCAACCGUCUUAAAAGCAGCGGCUACCUCGUGCAAGCACUUCUCGGCCAACAGCAGCCGCAACCUGCCUACAAUGUCGCCAUUGAAGCCUACCGCGACAGUCUUUCCUCCAAGUCCCCGCAGACCGAGAACCUUUCCAAGCUCGUCCUGCGGGCUAAGCAGCAGAUCUGGGCGCUCAAGGAAACGCGACGCCUGCGCGAAAUGAAUGAUACACUUGCGACGGUGGAGGGGCUUAUCGAAGCUGAGCUACAACGCUCACUCGACGACUUGCGCGGUCAGCUGAACGCCGGGGAGAUCGGAGAGAUUGGGUUUGUGGAGGAUGAAAAGGCGCUCCGUGCGGAUGCGGAGCGGAACAUCCAGAAUACUCGCGAGGCUUUCCGGGCUGCGUCGAAAGGGGAAAUUGCUGAGCGGGUGGUACCGGAUUAUCUAGUCGAUGGGAUCUCAUUCGAGAUCAUGCAUGAUCCGGUCAUCACGCCGUCGGGGACCAGUUUUGAUCGCGUGGGGAUCGUCAAGUAUGUUGAGCAGUCUGGGACUGACCCCCUGACAAGAGUGAACAUGUCUGUUAAAGAUUUACGGCCCAAUUAUGCGCUUAAGGCGGCUUGUGAGGAGUUUCUGGAUAAGAAUGGGUGGGCGGUUGAUUGGUGA